CCGGUUUCUUUAUCGCGCCGAGGCCGCCACCGCCCGCGGGCGCCACGGUGGUUGGUUGCACCGAUCGAGACGCCACGGGAUGGGGAUGGAAGCUGCUGCCGCUGCGCCAGGCCUGCAGAUCGUCGCGAUCCGCCUCGUUUGACCUGCCCCUGCCCCCGCAUCCUUCUAUAGUCGAAGCCCAAGCUGUCAGUCGAGCCGAUCCCCACGCGCCCGCCGGCCACGUCGCCGGCCCUGCCACGAACUCGUCAAGGACGGCCCUGCCACAGCUAGGCGCCGCGCGUACCGGUACCAAAUGGGGGUCCUCGUGCCGUGUUGGGUGAGCUGAGGCAUCCCCCGACGCCAAGCUAGCCCCGGGGCCAGGCGGCCGGCAGCAUCUGCGGGGCCGGUCGUCGUGGCCAUGCGGCCUUGACCGAUCGAGCAACGGAAAUGGAGGGAGCUUCUUCUUGUUCGUCUUCUUCGUCGGCGGCGGCGGCGCAGGGGGGCCGGGGCGGGGAGGUGGGGAUCCGAGUCGGCGCCACCAAUAUCGGCCGGCUGCGCGGCGCGCCAGCGGCGCCGGGGCGGCACCAGCAGCAGCAGGGGAAGCAGCCGCAGCACGGCGCCAGGGGCGGCGGCGUCACGUCGUGGCACCUCAGGGCGUUCGCGGCCGCCGUCGGGGUCAUGGGCUGCGUCCUGCUCGCCGCCUCCCUCGCCAUGUCCGCGCUGCACCAGGUGCAGUUCAGGAACGCCGCCAUCUCCAGGAACGUCCGGGGGCUCCAGUCCGUAGUUCUCGAGGAGCUCAAGCAAAACGUUGUGAGGAGGGAGCAAGCAGAGCAGAUAAUGCAUGGGCGGCUUCUGCAAAUGGCAACUUCAGCUGUCAGCAAGAACGGCUCUGAAUCUGAAGAUUUCGCGCUAUGGGAAGAGCCCUACAAGCAAGCGCGGAAAUGGAAGCCCUGUGCUGCAAAGCACAGUUUGGCUGAUGAAGAGCCUGACGAGAUCAACAACGGUUUCAUACUGAUCAGCGCAAACGGUGGUCUGAACCAACAGCGUGUUGCUGUAUGUAAUGCUGUUGUCGUUGCUGCUCUGCUCAAUGCUACACUAGUCCUCCCCCGAUUCCUGUACAGCAGCGUCUGGAGGGACACAAGUCAAUUCGGUGACAUCUAUCAGGAAGACUACUUCGUGAACUACAUGAAGAAUGAUGUGCGCAUUGUGAAAGAAUUGCCACCACACCUUCAGUCCCUAGAUCUCGAAGCAAUUGGAAGCCAGGUCACUGACAUGGACAUCUCGAAAGAGGCUGAACCAUCUGAACUCGUCAAAUCUGUGCUUCCAAUUCUUCAGCAAAAUGGCGUCGUUCAUUUCCUCGGGUUCGGAAACCGUCUUGGCUUCGAUUCAGUACCUGUCCAUCUGCAGAGGCUGAGGUGCAGAUGCAACUUCCACGCUCUCAAGUUCGUCCCCGAGCUCCAGCGAGCAGGCUCCCUGCUGGUCCAGCGGCUGCGCAAGGCGAGCGCGAUGCAGACCGAGAUGGACAAGCAGCUGUUCGGGAGCAACAUGGUCGACCCGGCCUUCGCCGAGGACCACGCCGCCGGCGGGCCGAGCAGGUACCUCGCCCUGCACAUGAGGUUCGAGGAGGACAUGGUGGCCUACUCCCUCUGCGAGUUCGGUGGCGGCGAGGAGGAGAGGAGGGAGCUCCAGGCGUACCGGGAGACCCACUUCCCGGCGCUCGCGACGCGCCUGCUGAACGCCACGGUGUCGCCGGAGGAGCAGCGCAGCCUGGGGAGGUGCCCGCUGACGCCGGAGGAGUCGGGCCUCAUCCUCUCCGCGCUCGGCUACGACCGCCGCACGUUCAUCUACGUCGCCGGGUCGCAGAUAUACGGCGGCGCGCCACGGCUGCGGCCCCUGACGCGGCUGUACCCGAACCUGGUCACCAAGGAGGACAUCCUCACCGCCGACGAGCUCGCUCCCUUCAAUAAUUUCUCCUCACGGCUCGCGGCGCUGGACUUCAUCGCGUGCGCCUCGGCGGACGUGUUCGCGGUGACGGACUCCGGCAGCCAGCUGUCGUCGCUGGUGUCCGGGUUCCGCAUCUACCACGGGAGGGGCCGCGCGCCGACGCUGCACCCGAACCGGAAGCGCUACGCGCAGGUGCUGGCGGAGGAAGGGAGCAUCGCGUGGGGCGGGUUCCAGAGGAGGGUGAGGCAGAUGGUGGAGGAGUACAAGCGGGUGAGCCCGCGGCCGAGGGGCCGGAGCGUCUACCGCCAGCCGAGGACGCCGGGGUGCAUGUGCAGGGCCGCCGGCGACGGCAGCGUCGACUUCUGAGUUCUGAUGCGCCCCCCACAGCUUGCAGGGUCGGUCAUUGAUUCUUUUGUAGUUUGUGCAUAGCCGUAUUUCUUAACUUUGUUAGCAGCCAGCAGGAUGCGAUACAGGCAGGAAAAGGUGAUAAAUUUUUUAGUCCUACAAUAUGUAAUGUAACACAUCUUCUUGAUACAAAAGAGUUGUACAAAAGUAAGUUGGAAAAAAGAAAGAAAGAAGAAUUGGUGGCAUUUACCUCCA